AUGGGUAAUAGAUGUAACCAAACAGCCAAGCCACACAAUCGAGUAAGAUCUAUCUAGAUAGUAGAAGUCUCAGAAUCAAUCUUGCUAAAUAAUUAUCAUUUUUCAUUUAAAAACGAAGAUAUCCACACACGACUUCAAGGAGUAAUAUAAAUUCAGCAUUCUUGGACUUAUCUCCAUUUAGCUGUUUGAAAUCGAAAAAAAUCAAUAGUGAAAUCUAUAAUAAUUUUAUUUAAAUUUUAUAUUUUUUAAUUAAAAAAUUAGCAUAUAAAUCUAUAAAAUAAGGUCUUGGUUCAGAUUAUAUAUGAGAGAAAUUAAUUUAACGAAAUAUAUGAUUGAAUUUGGAUUUGACACAGAUAUCCAAGAUGACCAUGGAGAAACUCCAUUGCAUAUUGCUGCUGUGCAAAGGGAUUGUGAAUUAUACAAGCUAUUAUUAGAUGCAGGGGCAUUAGAAAAUAUUCCUAACAAGGUAUAUAAUAAUUAGGCUGGAAAAACUCCUCACGAUUAUUUAGAGGAAAAAGGUAUGGGGAUAAUUACACAAACUCCUGGAGAUAACGUUGUUACAGUGAAGCUAGAAAAUAAUGUGAGUCGCCGCACAGAGCUUGAUGAUUCCUGCUUUAUAAAUGAGUGAUAA